AGGUACCAUACCCGGGACCGUACACCCAUCGCAGCUUUCGACUACCCGGAACGACCAUUCGCCAUCUGGGACGAGCGAUAUACUAGUGGGGAACACCAUUAUAGAAUAUCUAGACCGGUUUGCGUCUGUGUGAGCGAGAGACCUUCUCCAGCAUCGCUACUCCUCCACUGCCUGCAUCUCAUUAACAUUUUGUCCUCCUCGACCAACGCACUUACCCUUCACGUCACGCCUCGGAGCUACGAGCCGUCGGUUGCCCUCCGUGGAUUCUUCUCAAUCCUCACGUGGGUUUUAUUGGUCCGACGCGCACUUCUCCACUCCGCCUUUUGCAGCGUCACAGCUGCAAUCCAUACCGACUCCUCCCUCUUCAGACGCUGGUAGGUCGUUAGGACCUACCCGGGACACAACCGCCAACGUGGCUGCUGCCGUGGCUCACCCGACUUCCAUGCAUCCUGGGCCAGCCCAGAUGGGUGUACCUCCAAGCUUUUCGUCUAGGAGGGGACACGCCGCUCAUUUGGGUAAUUUCGAACUACCACCACCGCCUGCGCACAAAUUUUCUUCCUUCAAUACUAUCAACGCUUCACAAUCGUCACAAGCUCCAACGACUAUCGCUAGCGUUGGCAACCUGCUUACUCCACCCAACAACAUCCCGGGUGAAGUGCUGAGUCCUUCCUCAGGCGUCUCGACAAGCAGUGCCCAGCCAGCAACAAUGUCUUCCUAUAACCAGAGCGGCGGCUACAUGUACUCGCCAGCUUCUCAGCCGUCAAGCCACUACGGUUAUGGUGGUGCACCACAAAAUCAAUAUAACCAAGGCCGAGGAGGGCUGAAUCCGCCGCCGUACGAAAUGAACCAACAGCUGCCACCAUUCACGCCAUCGUCCGUGCCUUCCAAUAUGCCCCCAAUGUCUGCACAACACCAGCCUCACCAUAUGAUGAGCUCACAAACUCCGGUGUCGAGCUCAGCGCCCCAACAAUCGCCCGCCCACGCCCAGGAACCUUUCAGGCCACCGCCUACUCCAACCUACGCAUAUCCUCCCGCCACAACACCACAGCAGGCCACAUUUCCUUAUUCGACAGGUCCAUCCCCAACACAUCAAAGUCCGAUCAGCGGGGGCGGGCCCAUGCCAAGGAUGUCACCAGCUGUGUCGCAUGGUCCGAUCCCUCCCAUGCCAUCCAACUCUGCUCCAUCACCUCACCCAUACCAACGAUCCUAUGGAAAUUACGUACCAGCUCCCAGUCCAGUUUAUACGAACGUGAACAAUCCGAACGGUCAAAUGGCCUUGGUUGGCGGUGUUCACCCCGGAAUGAUGCAAGGAUUCAACAGCGGACAUGCAGCUGCUAUGCCACAUUUCCUUGGACCACACCAGCACCAGCAACCACCAGCGAACGACCGUCCAUUUAAGUGCGACCAGUGUCCGCAGAGCUUCAACCGUAACCACGAUUUGAAGCGACAUAAAAGGAUACAUCUAGCCGUCAAGCCGUUCCCCUGCACGCACUGUGACAAGAGCUUUUCACGAAAGGAUGCUUUGAAGCGACAUAUUCUGGUCAAGGGCUGCGGCAAGGCAGCAAAUGGUGGCGGUGACGACGCGAAGCGGGAAAGCCACUCGCCGGAUGUCAAAGCCGAGUCCGUCGAUACGAAAACGAUAAUACACAGUCGCGCAUAGAGAAUCCUCUCUAGCCUGCAUCCGGUCUUUCAUUUCACUUUCCUCUGUAUUAAUUACCUGUUUCGAGCCUGACCAGACGCUAAAGCCUACGCCGCUAAAUGUCAAGGGCUCACGGCACCCUUGAAACUGUCGAUAUUGGAUACCAUCCGCAGGGAGGUCAUGCGCUUGAUUGGAGUUUUGGUUCAGGCACAUGUUUUGUCAUUCGGUCGUACUUCUGCAGCAGAUACCUCUUAGUCGAUUCGGAGCUUCUU